UUUCUUUCCCAAAAAAACUUUUUCUCUUCUUUCAGCUUAAGCAAACAAUGCUAGUAGAAUCUCCCCCUAACACAAACAUAACAGGACAGAACAGAACACUUCAUAAAAUGUUUUAUUUUAACCAUGCGUGUUGUUUUCUUCCAAGUAUCUCUGUCCUCUAAUUAUUCCUUUUUUUAUUUUAAACCAAAACUUAUUAAAUUAAAUUAAUUUGGUCACCCUUAAUCAUCGUAUUCAGUUACGCUCUUAAAUCACGCACUCACUUAUUUAUCACCAUUCCACUAAGCUUCUAUGGCGGAAACUAGUUUAUCGUUGAUACUUCCGAACAUGAAGAAGAAAACUACGCUAUUUUCAUCAUCCUCUUCUUCUUCUUCUCCUCUUCCCAUUUUUUCUACCAAGAGUUUGCUCUACGAUAAGCUUCCUUCGGAACCGUUAAGGCUUUCUGUUCUCAAAUUAGACGGAACUUCUUUUGAUGUUCAUGUUUCGAAGAAUGCCACUAUUGCGGAGCUUAAGGAUGCUGUGGAAGGUGUUUUUAGUUACAUGCCUCAGCAUGGUCCUGCCAAAAUUUCAUGGCCACAUGUUUGGGGGCAGUUUUGCUUAUGUUAUGAUGGACAGAAGCUAGUUACAGAGAAGGAUUACCUUAAAAAUUAUGGCGUCAAGGACAGUGACCAGCUCCAUUUCAUUCGCCAUGCAUCAAACAAUUGCGGUGCUCGAAGAAAGCGGUCAAAGAAAAGAGUUUUCCAUUUGAAACAACACAGGAGGUUGUCGCAAGCAAAUUACUGCAAACAGAAAGAAAACUGUGAUGCUGAUGAGGACGACGAUGAUGGUGACAUUUCUUCUGAUGAGGAAGCCUUGGAGAAUGCAGAGACCAAGCACCACAUUGAAGAAGUGCAUGUUAGAAAGAACAAGAUCACUGGCUUUGUGGGAGAGCUGUUAUCAUACACACCACUGGCAGUUGUGAGAAAAACUAGAGCUCAAAACCAGAUCUUCCCGUCAACAAUUUCCAGGUGUUUGAUUGGUGGUCUUAGAAAGAUCAAAAGGAUUGUAUGUUUUGGCAGGAGGCAGCAGUAUCCUACAUGGAGACAGUACUGAUAAUAUUUGGGUAUGGCUCGCAGUUGAUGAAAUUUGUGACCCCUAGUAAAAAUGUUGACUCAUGCAACCAAGUGUGCAUUUGAAGUUGAAUUGCUGGAUUGAUAUUGGAUUGGGAUUAUAGUCGAUAUUGCAUAUUCUCAAUCCAGUGAUUCUAGUCAAUACACAGACGGGUUUGGAGUUGGAUUUCUCGACGGAGUAUUUACUUAAGCUUUCCAACAUUUCAAGUAGUCCCAUGAUAAUUUGUGCAGAGAAGUAUGGUUGGAUGUUUUGUUGGUUGAAAUAUAGCUUUUGGAGUCUAGAUUUAAUUGAAUCUAGUGACAGUCAAACGAUAUUAAUAAUAUACCAUACUUUAUUGUGUUGGAUUAUUUUUGUUGCUAUGUUGGAAAGCUACGUUUGAACCGAUAUUACUAUGGUUCUUGUUCUAUAAUAAACUGUGUUUGGGCAUUUUUGCAACUGUGUUGCAAAGUUUCUAGAUAAUGCUUCUGUUCUUGGCUAAUAAAAUAGUUUAAUACAUCUGAUUUUGUAUUUUA